AUGGCCUCGCUCUGGUACUGCUGCGAUUGCAGCUUCGGUCCUCACAACUCCGCCCUCUACGAAUCUUGUGUCAACUGUCAACGCCGCCGCUGUCCGGCAUGCGCAGAAGAGAAAGCCGCAGACAGUCUAAACACUCACAACCACACCCACUGCCACGAGACCUCACCAUACCCGUCCGUGGCUUCAUUCAGGACAGCUCGCACAAUGUCCCUGCAGACGGUACCGGCCAUCCCAACACCAGACCUUCCCAGUGUCCGCCCAUUACAUCGCGCGGCGCCAGCUAUGCAUGCUCCGCCUGUUGGUACCACGACCAACUACUAUACGCAAACUUACAUGUAUAUUUGCUGCCACUGCAAUGAUGGCCCGAAGGUCUACAACGUCCAGCCAGUCUGUAUCGUCUGCAACCAUCAAGCCUGUGGUUCAUGCAUCAACGUCAAGUAA